AUGAAGGCGACUACGGGUGUUUUGCUUGUCCUGAUGUUGUCCGCUUGCGUGCUCUCAGCGGCCCAAGCGGCCAGGAGCAGAACUAGCAGCCAGAACAGCUUCCGACGGGCGGCCAACGGAGUCUACCAAACGCUGAGCAACGUGUUCGGGGAGGAAAACAUCCGAGGACUCUACAAGUUUUUCUCCAAAGCUACAGAACGCUUCGUUAAUGGCGUGGACUCCUUCCUCGACACGGUCUGGAAGAUUUGGGCUGAUCUCCUUGAUGUAAUGGGCAUUGACUCAUCCAACCUCAGCCACUACUUCAGCCCGGCGUCCCUGAGCGGCAACCCGGCACGCGCCCUGCCCCUGGUGGCCGGCGUCCUGGCGGCCCUGUGGGUUCUCUCAGUGUUCCUGGGCGGCAUCUUCUACGUGCUGCACGCCGUCUUCGGCCGCUUCUUCUGGCUUGCGCGCGUGCUCCUGCUGGCCCUAGCCUGCCUGUACGUGCUGCAGAAGUUCGAAGGCGACCCUGAGCGGGCCGUGCUGCCGCUGUGCGUCAUCAUGGCGCUGUAUUUCAUGACCGGCCCGGUGGGCGUGUACUGGCGGCGUGGCUCCGGCUCGCUGGAGGAGAAGAUAGACCACCUGGACACUCAGAUCCGCCUGCUCAACAUCCGGCUGAGUCGGGUGAUUGACGGCCUGGAGUGUGUGGACGAGUAG